CUUGCAUUUAAAUUUAAUUUAGUCACUAAUCUUCUCUUCUCUCUCUCUCUCUCUCUCUCUCUCUCUCUCUCUCCUCAUUAUCCGAAUACGCCCAAUCGAAUCCUUUUCAACCCGACGGGUCGUAAAAUUCCAAAAGAUUCAAUUAUACUUCGACUUGUCUCAGCUUAAUUCGGAGCUCCGACCUUUGAAAAUCUUCUCUCACACGACGAUCCUCUAGAUUCUCGGCGCCGGUUUAGUUUGUCGGAGGAAAAAAAUGGCCCAGUCUACGGCGAGGAGCGGGCGGGUUGUUGGUGACUACUUGGUGGGUCGGCAAAUCGGGUCUGGUUCGUUCUCGGUGGUUUGGGAGGCGAGGCACCGUGUUCACGGCACCGUCGUCGCUAUCAAGGAGAUCGCCAUGGGUCGGCUUAAUAAGAAGCUGCAGGAUAGUCUCAUGUCUGAGAUUUUCAUCUUGAGGAGGAUCAAUCACCCCAACAUCAUCCGUUUGCUCGACAUGAUCGAGUCUCCUGGGAAGAUACAUUUGGUGUUGGAGUAUUGCAAAGGAGGUGAUUUGUCUGUGUAUAUCCAGAGCCAUGGAAGUGUCCCUGAAGCUGCUGCUAAGCAUUUCAUGCUGCAGUUAGCGGCAGGCUUACAAGUUCUUCGUGACAAUAACAUUAUUCAUCGCGAUUUAAAGCCCCAGAAUCUUCUUCUAUCCACAGAUGAAAAUGAUGCAGAUCUGAAGAUUGCUGAUUUUGGAUUUGCAAGAUCGUUGCAACCUAGGGGACUUGCAGAAACAUUAUGCGGUUCACCGUUGUAUAUGGCCCCAGAGAUUAUGCAACUUCAGAAGUAUGAUGCAAAGGCAGAUCUCUGGAGUGUUGGUGCUAUCUUAUUUCAACUUGUGACAGGCAGAACCCCUUUUACAGGAAACAGCCAAAUUCAGUUGCUCCAAAACAUUAUGAGAUCAACUGGAUUACAAUUUCCAGCAGACUGUAGAGAUAUAAGUUUGGAGUGUAUAGAUCUCUGUCAGAAGUUACUGCGCCGUAAUCCAGUGGAACGUUUGACAUUUGAAGAGUUCUUUAAUCACCCUUUUCUUUUGGACAGGCAGAUAUAUGAUUUCUCAAGGAGUAGAUUGGGCUCAACAACGAUGGACGGUUUUCUUUCUUCUGGAAGCAGUCCCUCGAGAAACAUGGAAGAAAGUUCUCAAGAAGACUGUAUGCCGUUCCUUCUAGAUGAUGAUUCUAGUGGACCUGACGGGAGCCCUUCACAUUUGAAAAUGACGUCCUCAAUGAAGUCGUCCUCUGGAUUUAACAUUGAUGCCAGAGUUGAGAGAAAGGAGAUGGAAUCUAGUCCUUUGAAAUGUACAGAGCUUACUUCCAGAUAUAGUAGAAUCAACCAGGGAGCGGAAAACAAUAGAUUUAGAAAUGAAACUCACAUAAUUUCGGAUAGGAGAAACCAUGGCGAACCUACAAGACUGACUGAUUCCAGAUCACUCAUUCCUAAAGGAAGAGUAGAUGAUUCUCAAGACUCAAUGGACCAAGACUACGUUCUCGUAUCUGGACCACCAGUGGAUAUGCCAUCAUCUUCAUCGAGUUCUUCAAAGCCUUAUAAUUUCCCAUUCAAGUCUCAGUCUCCUCCUGUAGAGUUAUUCAACAGAAGCAUAAGUUCAACGGCUCCCAUGCCAAUAAUCGGUGCUACUGGCAACAACCUUGGCCGGUUUGGAAGCCUGGACAGUCAGAAUUCAGGCCCGAGCACGUCUCAUGGGUCGCUGGAUCUUGGGGAUGCUUUUGAACAGCCAUCAACUAACAGCCUGACAAGAAUCACUUCUCUGAAAAAAUGUGCAGCCACAAUCGCAGAAUUAGUUCAUGAAAGGAUCAAAUCUGACAAAUAUCUAGAAGCUUUCUCGAUCCAGUUGGCGAUCCUGGCGAUUUGGAAACAGGCACUGCACAUAUGCCAUACUCAGGCAAUUUCAGGUUCGGAAGGAAGUAGCAGCCUAAAACAUGAUACCCAAAAUUCUGAGCGUAGCACUGAUGAUGGAUCGGAGGACAUAUCCUCUCAGAUUCAGAUGCAGUUUAUCCGGGAGAUUGAGCUUGCUGAAGAACUUGCUAAGAGUAUCAAACCUGGAAAUACAAAAAUGCCGGAUGCAAUGGAGACGAUAUUUGAAGCAGCCCUUGAUCUUGGAAAACUUGGGGGAGUGAAGGAGGUUAUGGGUGAGAUAGAGAAGGCGGGAAACCAAUACUCGAAGGCGGUGCGUUUGCUGGUAUUCCUUCUAGUGGAAGCACCAAUGCUGAUUCUGAAUCCGCCAUUGUCUCUCACAAACUCAGUCAGGUAUCGUCUCCGAACGUAUAUCGAUAUCCUCAGCAGAAGAUUAAAACAUCUGCAAUCAUCUAAAAGAAGUUCAGGUGCUCAGAUGCAAGGAUCUUCAUUAGCCACGAUGAACAAACAACCAUAACCAUUUCACUUGGUUUGGGUGGGUUCUCUUGUUUCUUCUUCUUCUUGUUCUGUUUUUUGUUUUUGUUUUUGUUUUAUUAAAAAGAGAAAAAUGUAUGUAUUUGUACAGAUGUGUAUGCUUAUUCUUUUGGGGGAUCUGAUGCGUGGAUGUUGUAACAUUUUCUUUGUUCUAUCUUGAUCCUAAUCCCUUCUUGUGAUGGUUCUUGGAUACAUAAUGUAUAAGUAGAGUUAUGUUGAUGUUUUCAAUGAGUUUUCCCUUAAAUGAAGUCAAAACUAAUGUCGAGAUCACUUAUGAUGCUAUGUGUAUCAUGCAAAUGAACUUAUUCUUUAAUUCUUGUC